AUUUUGUGCUCUCAGUCAAGUCAGUUAAGCUUUAGCAUUCAAUUGAAUCAGAAGCAGAACCUGUGAUCGAGUUGCUUAUUUUGACAGUUCAAUAAAAAUAUGGACAGAAAACUUCCCCAAACCGUAUUGGACGUAUUGGACAAACUAAAGGGCAAACCAAAGGUCCUUGUUACCCAUCCAGAUGUGCCACAAGAAGCUAUUGAUAUUUUAAGUCAAAAAUGCAAAGUCACAGUUCUUUCAAGUUGUCCACCAGUUCGAACGGAAAUUUUGGAAAAAUGCAAGGGAAUGGAUGCAUUUCUUUGGGGUGGUCAUGAGGCAUUAAAUGCUGAGAUUCUAGAUGCUGCUGGUCCACAAGUUAAAUCAAUUUCAACAAUGUCUGCUGGCUAUGACUUUGUUGAUCUUGAAGAAAUUAAGAAAAGGAAGAUUCCCUUCGGCAACACACCAGAAGUUUUAUCUGUCGCAGUUGCUGAGUUGGCAAUUGGAUUGAUGAUUUCAGCUGCAAGACGUUUUCACGAAGGCAGAAAACACAUUGAAUCGUCAACAUGGAACAAUGCAAGUCUAAAAUGGAUGUUGGGUCGAGAGGUUCGUGGAGCUAAAAUUGGUUUCUUUGGAUUUGGUAGCAUUGCUCAGGCAAUUGCUGAUCGAUUGGAAGGUUUUGAAAUUGGCAGUAUUAUUUACCAUACGAGGAGGGUUUCACCUGCUGGGAAUGAUUAUAAAGCAAAGCAUGUGACUUUUGAUGAAUUGCUGGCACAGAGCGAUUUUAUUUUCAUUGCUAGCCCACUGACUGAGUCAACAAGGGAGAAGUUCAAUGAAAGUGCAUUUAAUAAAAUGAAGUCCACUGCAGUACUUAUUAAUAUUGGAAGGGGACAAAUUGUUGAUCAAAAAGCUCUUUACAAUGCUUUGAAGACAAACAAAAUUUUCUCAGCUGGACUUGAUGUUAUGACACCAGAACCAUUGCCAGCUGAUGAUCCUCUAUUGAGUCUUCCAAAUUGCGUUCUUGUUCCACAUUUGGGAUCAGCUACGGAAAGAACUCGUUGUGAUAUGGGUGUUAUUGCAGCACACAAUGUUCUUCAAGGUUUAGCUGGAGAGCCAAUGUUUGCACCAGUAUAUCAACCCUAAUCUUGUUUCCAAAUUUUACACUUUUUUAUUUUAA